GACAAAAUGGCGGCCCGGAACUGAACCCCGGAAAAAAGGGGGUGGGUGGGAGAUAUUGCAGGGGGGAGGGGACGAGCAACUGCUGCCAUCAGCACCGGGGACCGAAGCCUUGCUGGCCGCUGCAGAGACGCGCUGCUCCCGCCCCUCUGGGAAUCGCUCGCCUCGAGGCGCUGCCGUCUCCUCCUCCUCCUCCUCCUCCCUCAGGCAGGUGGGUAGGAAGGCUUGGCUGCAGUUCCGCCUCAGGGAAGGAAACUCGGUGGCUAGUUAAUGGGGAAGGCCCUGCGCACCGCACGCCUUGGCCUGGGGUGUUAUAACGGGUCCUUCGCUGCCACGGCAAGAACGUCGCUGCCUCCCUUGCGUGGUGAGCGUCUCACCUCCUUCCUCCCCCCGCAUUCCUCCGUCUCCGUACAGCUUCUCUCAGGCAGGUUUCUGGCCUUUUUGGUGUCGUGGGCCAUCCGUCCCAUUCAACCUUAGACACCCGCUUGCAGCCACCUUAUUUAUUUCCUGCUCUCCAUCCGUUCCCCACUUUUUCAUGCCGUGCUGACGAGAAGGUGGCUGACCUAGGUUUGAAUGAAUGGUUAUCCUCCUGGAAUCAAGGUCAACCGUGAAUUUUGAAGUUGCCAUCCAACUUGUUGGUAUAUUGAAGGUCAAUCUUCGUUAAAGGUUAUACAGUUUCAUGAAGAGAAGUGAGAAGCCAGAAGGUUAUAGACAAAUGAGGCCUAAAACUUUUCCUGCCAGUAAUUACACUGGUAGCAGCCGGCAAAUGUUGCAAGAAAUACGAGAAAGCCUUAGAAAUUUGCCUAAGCCCUCUGAAGCUGCAAAAGUUGAGCAAAAUGUGGGUAAAAUAUCAACUGAUGAUCCCAGACAGGGUCGAAAUCCCCCUAAAUUUGUGACCUACCAUAAAGCAUUACAAGAAAUUCGAAAUUCUCUGCUUCCCUUUGCAAAUGAAACAAGUUCUUCAACAAGAGGAACAUCAGAAGUUAAUCGGCAGAUGUUGCAAGAUCUACAAGCUGCUGGAUUUGAUGAGGAUAUGGUUGUACAAGCUCUGAGACAAACCAACAGCCGCAGUAUAGAAGCAGCAAUUGAAUUCAUAAGUAAAAUGAGCUACCAAGAUUCUCGGCGAGAACAGAUGGCAGCGGCAGCAGCUAGACCUGUUAACGCUGGCACAAAACCACCAGGGGGAAUGCAGCAGUCAGUCAACCGCAGGCAGAGCUGGAAAGGUUCUAAAGAAUCCUUGGUGCCUCAGAGACAUGGUCCUGCAUUGGUAGAUGGCCUGGCAUUUCAUUCCGAGAAUCCCAUUUCUCAGCCUGAUGGAGGAAGACCCUUGUCUGGCUCUGGAAUAACAGGAUUUGCUCAGGCUCAUCCUGGUAAUGGACAAAGAGCAAAUCCGCCACCUCCACCUCAAGUAAGGAGUGUAACCCCUCCUCCUCCACCUCCCAGGGGAACGACUCCACCUCCCAGAGGAACAACUCCACCUCCUCCUUCCUGGGAAACAAAUUCUCAGACAAAACGGUAUUCUGGUAGCAUGGAAUAUAUGAUCUCUCGCAUUUCUCCAGUGCCACCAGGGGCAUGGCAAGAUGGCUAUCCUCCGCAACCUAUAAAUCCAUCAUCGAUGAAUCCUUCCACACAGGGACAAAGAGGUAUUAGUUCUGUUCCUGUUGGCAGGCAACCAAUAAUCAUGCAAAGUUCAGUUAACAAUAAAUUUAGUUUUUCAUCUGGAAGGGCUGGAAUGCAAAAUGGCAAUUGUCAGACUGAUUAUAUUGUUCAUCAAAAUAUUGUGCCUGGUAACUCAGCAAAUCGUCAACCACCACCGCCUUACCCCAUGUCUCCGGCAAGCCAGCAAAGCCCUACACCUUUGCAAAUGCAAGCAGGAGGCUCUGCAGCCCCAUCAUAUCCUAAUGGGAACAUUCCUCAGUCUAUGAUGGUUCCAAACAGAAACAGCCACAAUAUGGAGCUGUACAAUAUAAAUGUUCCUGGAAUCCCAACAUCCUGGCCCCAAUCGUCCUCUGGGCAUGAAAUUCCAACUUGGCAACCUAAUAUUCCAGUAAGGUCAAAUUCCUUCAAUAACCCUCUUGGAAGCAGACAAAGUCAUGCUACCAAUUCACAGACUUCUGCCACCACAGUAACUGCUGUUACUCCAGCUCCUAUACAGCAGCCAGUAAAAAGUAUGCGUGUACUGAAACCAGAGCUGCAAACUGCCUUAGCUCCUACUCACCCUUCUUGGAUGUCACAACCAAUGCAGGCUGUCCAACCCAUCUCCUUUUCUGAGGGACCAUGUACAAAUAUGGCAGUCCUGUCACCUGCGCCAGAGGCUCCAACAUAUCAAGGUCCACCACCACCUUAUCCGAAGCAUUUAUUACACCCAAAUCCACCUGUCACUCCUUACGAUUCUGUUGCAAAGCCUGGCAAAGAGGAUCAGCCCAGUUUCCCUAAAGAAGAAGAAAGUGAAAAGAAUGAGCACAGCGAGGGAAUGGAUAGAGAAAAGAAGCAAAUAACAACUUCGCCAGUCCCUGUUAGGAAAAACAAGAGAGAUGAAGAAAGAAGGGAGUCCCGCAUUCAGAGCUAUUCUCCUCAGGCUUUUAAGUUCUUUAUGGAGCAGCAUGUCGAAAACAUACUGAAAUCUCACCAGCAGCGACUCCAUCGUAAGAAACAACUGGAAAAUGAAAUGAUGCGGGUUGGGUUAUCCCAAGAAGCCCAGGAUCAAAUGAGGAAAAUGUUAUGCCAAAAGGAAUCUAACUACAUCCGUCUGAAACGGGCAAAAAUGGAUAAAUCAAUGUUUGUUAAGAUUAAGACCCUUGGAAUUGGGGCAUUUGGAGAGGUGUGCUUAGCAAGAAAGGUGGAUACAAAUGCCUUAUAUGCAACAAAAACUCUACGUAAAAAGGAUGUGUUACUUCGGAAUCAGGUUGCUCAUGUUAAAGCUGAACGGGAUAUCCUUGCAGAAGCUGAUAAUGAGUGGGUAGUUCGUUUGUACUAUUCAUUCCAAGAUAAAGACAAUUUAUACUUCGUUAUGGACUAUAUUCCAGGAGGAGAUAUGAUGAGUCUGUUAAUUCGAAUGGGGGUCUUCCCAGAAAAUAUGGCCCGGUUCUACAUAGCAGAACUGAUCUGCGCAGUUGAAAGUGUCCAUAAGAUGGGAUUCAUUCAUAGGGAUAUAAAACCAGAUAAUAUUCUGAUUGAUCGUGAUGGCCACAUCAAAUUGACUGACUUUGGGCUUUGUACUGGCUUUCGGUGGACACAUGAUUCCAAAUACUACCAGAGUGGUGACCACCCACGUCAGGACAGCAUGGAUUUCAGUAAUGAAUGGGGAGAUCCAGCAAGCUGUAGAUGUGGAGACAGGUUGAAGCCACUCGAACGUAGAGCAGCACGUCAGCACCAGCGCUGUCUGGCACACUCAUUAGUUGGGACACCAAAUUAUAUUGCACCAGAAGUAUUGCUGCGGACAGGAUAUACACAGCUGUGUGACUGGUGGAGUGUUGGGGUGAUUCUCUUUGAAAUGCUUGUUGGACAACCUCCCUUCCUGGCACAAACACCAUUGGAAACCCAGAUGAAGGUUAUCAAUUGGAAAACAUCACUGCACAUUCCACUGCAAGCAAAACUAACGCCAGAGGCAUCUGACCUUAUUAUUAAGCUCUGCCGUGGGCCAGAAGACCGCUUAGGCAAGAAUGGGGCAGAUGAAAUAAAAGCACAUCCGUUUUUUAAAUCUAUUGAUUUUUCAAGUGAUCUGCGGCAGCAACCUGCUUCCUACAUCCCUAAAAUUACGCAUCCCACAGACACAUCAAAUUUUGAUCCAAUUGACCCAGAUAAAUUAUGGAGUGAGGAUAAGGAAGGGAAUGUAAAUGACACACUUAAUGGGUGGUAUAAAAAUGGCAAACAUCCUGAACAUGCUUUUUAUGAAUUUACAUUUCGAAGGUUUUUUGAUGACAAUGGUUACCCUUACAGCUAUCCCAAGCCUAUUGAAUAUGAAUACAGUAAUUGUCAUAGAUUGGAGUCAGAAUCAGAUGAAGAUGAGGAGAGGACCAGAAGAGAGGCCCAAAAUCAUGAUCUAGUUUAUAUUUAGUGGAGGACUUAAACCAUUCUUUGGGAUUUCCAAGAUGUAUACUACAAGAGAACCUGAAAAACAAUUGGAAAGCUGGUUUUCUGCGCACUUGGGGUGGAGAAAAAGGAUGCAUGAUCAUUGUUGAUCUAGUGGUUUUUCCUGUCUUUCUUUUCUCCCUAUCAACACAGAAGUCCUUUUUCAAGCAUUCAUUUUUUCCAGCAUUGUUAAAGAGGAAUAUAGGAAACAGUAAUGUUAGGAAAAAUAAAUUGUAAAAUAAAUAGUUACACCUUUGUAAAGUAUUCAGAUUAGGAAAUUGUAAUUUCUUUAGGAAAUUAGAUACUUGUCUAUUUGUAUAUAGACCACAUACAUUUAUUUUCCUCCCAUAAUUUUUCAUUUUUUUAAAUUGCCUUAGCUUGACCAAAUAUCAUUAAUACCAUGUACUUACUAAACUGAUAGUUGUUUUUCCUGACUAUUUAUCAAAUUCUCACUCUAGAUGAGACUGCAGAGAGUAAACUAGUAGGAAUUUUCUGGCACUCUGUGGGGGUUGUGGGUUUGGAACAAAGAAGCGUAGGAUUAUAAUCCGAAACCCAUUUAGAAGUAAACUGUUGAGAAUGUAGUGGGACUGACUUCUGAGUAAACAUGCAUAGGAAUGUUUGUGUUUCUUCUGACAAUAAAUAAUGAUGUCCACAUAUUAGUAAUUAUUUUAAUUUUGCUUGAUUGUUUUGUGAAGCAUUACUGGCUUUGUGGUGCCAUAACAUAAAAUUGAGGCAGAGGGGGCAUGUGUGUAGAGUGAUACUGGCCUAUCACAAAAUGUCUUUGCUGGUUGAUCUCAUCCUGCAUUAGAAAAGACUGAAAACACUUGAGUUCCGGUGACACAUACUUACUAUGAAUUCUUAUCCUAUCCCUGUAAGAAACGCCAUAACCAGGUUCCCUGCAUUUCCAUUAUUACUGUCCUUGUGCUGUAUCAUUUCAAACCAAAGGGCUUGUUUUGAAACAGGUGGUUCAGUUCCUUACUCCCAGAUUCAUUAACUAAUUUGAACUGAACUAGUAAUCCUGCUUACUGGGGAUUAGGUAUAAUUUUAUCUCUGCAGUAGACUGCUUCUGGGAUACCUUUGAAGUUGCAGCCUCUUGUUUCAUCAUUCCAAGAAUAACAUACUAAGUCCUGGUUUCCAUGGUAAAUGUUGAAGAUAUUUCUUGCUUCCUGCAUAGAGGGCACAUGCUGCUGUUGCAGGUAACUGUUGUACCUGCAAAAUCUGUUUGUACCUCAGUGAUUGUAGAAGGUAAAUAGUUCUUCAUCCCAGAGCCAGCUACUUUAAACUAAAGGAAAAACGGCAGAUCAUACAAUUUUGCUUGCUUUUUUAGAAAUCAGUUCCCCCCUGCACAGAUUAUUCUAAACAUCCUGUUCUCUAACACAGAGAUGCACAAAUAGUUACCCUUUCAAACCCAUAUUAGCAGAUUCAACACCCUGAAGUUCCUAUCAUACAACUACUUAAGAAUAUGUAUAUAUCUCUCUGGUUGUGAAAAAUAAUGUGAUGUGCUCUGAAGAAUCUCCUUCCCUGACUAGUGCUUAUUCUUUUGCAAUGAGUUAAUUUAUUAUUUAUUAUGAUUCUUUGCUUUUCCUCUGAUAAUGACAUAAAUGGCUCAUAAGAAUCUUCUAGAUAAUCUUGUGCCUAUAUAGUUUAACAUGGUCAGGGCUGCUUAUUUUCAGCAUUAGAACCAGAUCUUGUGCCUUUAGACCAUUCUCUGGCCUGCUUACCUCUUGAGCAAUAGGCAUGUUUCAUAUUUUUCUAUUAAAAACAGUAAUAUUCAUUGAGUAUAGGCUACUGCAAAAUGCAUAUAGAUAUCUGUCUUCAAGAAAACCAAUUGCUCCAGCACCUUUAUCAUUUAACAUUCUGAUUUACAGUUUACCUUGUGUGGGUCCUACAUAUGAUGGGUAUAAAAAACCAAUUCAUGCACCCUCCCUUAGCUGGUAUAAAGCUUUUAGUCUUAACUAGAGAAUCUUGUGAAAGUUCUGUGGGUGGCCAGAUAGUCUUGUCUUGCUCCCCUACACUACAAAACAUAAAUUCUGUGUUUGGAGCUGAAGUGUGAAUCAGACCUUGGAAUGUCUAACUUUAGCAUUAUAUAGGAUGCAGUGUACAGUUAUUCUAACUUUUGAGAUGUGUUUUUUGUAAAAAUAAAAAAGUCCUAUUUUAAAGAGGA